AUGACAAGCGAUUUUCUACCAAAGCUCUCCCUUGAUUAUGGACAACUUCUCAUGGAUACGAACUACCAUGAUGUCCUGAUUGAGGUCGGUCAUCAACCGCAUGUGAAGACUUUCAAGACUCAUUCGCUCAUCUUGCGUGUUAGAUGCCCAUUUUUUGCCGCAGCUCUGUCAAGUGUUUGGGUCAAGAGAGAUCAGGAUAUGAUGGUCAUCAAAAAACCGAAUAUGUCACCAAUCAUAUUUGACGUGAUACUGAAUGGUAAAAUUAAUAUCCGAGGAUGGAAGGGUUCCGAAAUAAUGGAAUUAUUGUACGCCGCGGACGAGCUAGCAUUGGAAGAAUUGGCGGAUUAUGUGCAGGAUUAUCUUUGUCGUCAAGAGCAAUGGAUACUCCAGAAUAUAUUUCAAGUUCUUCAUAUUUCUUUCGGUCACGCUUCUUUUCAGAAGUUGAAAAAGAAUUGCAUAGAGUUGGUUGUGGAUAAUCCUUUGUUGUUGUUUGAUUCCGAACAGUUUGCACAAACGAAUGAAGAGAUUUUAAUGACACUUUUAAAGCGUGACGACCUGGUGAUGAAAGAGAUAGCCAUCUGGGAAGGGUUGAUUCAAUGGGGAAUCGCCCAAACGCAAAUGUCGGAAGAGAAGUUUACCCAAUGGUCAAAGAAACAUUUCUCAGCUCUAGGAAAAACUCUGAAAAAAUUUUUGCCAACGAUCAGAUUUUUUCAAAUAUCAUCGGAGGACAUUUACCGCAAGGUGCUGCCUUACAGACAGAUGUUACCUCAUCAGCUGGUUGAAGAACUCGUGAAUUAUCACAGGACUGGACUGAAAGCCGGUGUUCUUCCGAAACGGAUUAAAGUUGACUCAUCCAUCAUCAGCACAAAACACGCAAUUCAGAUUUCAUAUUGGAUCGAUUACAAUCGAGACACACAAUCAGUAUACAAGUUCAAAUUGCUUUUUCGGGCUAGUCGUGAUGGAUUUCACUUCACCGACUUCCAUCUCAAGUGCAACAACCAAGAUGACGUCGUAUUGGUAAUGAAGGUCGAGGAUAAUCAGAUUUUUGGUGGAUACAACCCGGUCGGCUGGUGCGGUUCCGGACAGAAUUUGAGAGCAACGCCUGAUAGUUUUAUAUUUUUUUUCGAUAAACAACUUAGGAAUCCCCUGAUAAGCCGGGUUGCCGUUGAAAGUAUGGCCAUAAAAAGUGCUUCUUCUUGUGGACCUUGUUUUGGUGUUAACGAUUUGGCCUUUAAUGAUUCGGAAAGGCCUAAUUUAUGUUAUGCUUCGAAGAAAUAUUAUGAUAAACGCAUAAGCGAAAAAGAAUCCUUUGAGGUCAAGGAUUAUGAAAUCUUGAAG